AUGGCUGGCGAUGUUGGCGAGACGACACAUACAAAUCCUGUGUAUCACUCCUGCGAAUUUUGUAAGAAGUUCGUAAUCGAUUUCGGCUUAAAAGAUAAAGCAUGGAUUGCCAGGACCUUCUCCUCAGAUAUGAAAAGCUUAGGUUCUGCGCUGCAGUUGCAUAGUACAGGAAUCAAGGGCUGGCUCAAGGAGCGAACAUUGGUAGGAAAGAUUCGCCGUCCUAGAAAAGAGAGCCUUGGCAUAAUAGAUUGGCCAUUGUCAGACCUUGAAGGAAGCAAUCGAGCAGAGAUUUCUAUAAAUAGGCAAGAUGGUUUUUUGGCAGCUCAGUACGACUAUGACAAAAAAUAUCCCUUCAGGCUUGUGCUAGCUGUACUGGAGCAGGACAGACAUAAAAGGCGAGAGUUUCAGAUAUACAAUUUUUCGAGUUUUACCUCUGACAAUAGGUUUGAUAUGAUUGCUCCCCCAGGAAAUAUUACCGAGUUGGAGAUGAAAAUUUUCACUCGGCCGAUGAACCUAACGCCAUCAUCAAGCGAGAGUUUCCAAUUAGCUCGGAGUUGGUUUCGAAAUUGUUUAGACACUCAUCUCAUGUGUCCUAAACCUACAAGUCGAUUCAUGCCAAAACGAGUCAUCGAGGUACUGAGAUUCGACGUACUAAGUCAAAACCACUCUCUGCGACUCUGCGAAAGGCUAUUCGAGAAUGGAGAGCCAUAUGCUGCUCUCAGCUAUUGCUGGGGGACUGAAGGGCAAAUAGUAACGAAGUAUGAAAACAUUGCCCAGCAUCUGGAAAGAAUCGACACACAACUGCCGGCGACUGUAACCGACGCACUCCGGAUUGCUGUUGAGCUGGGGAUUCGAUACGUGUGGAUCGACGCGUUAUGUAUUAUCCAAGAUGACUUCCACGACAAAAUCCAAGAGAUAUCCCAGAUGCCGUUAGUGUAUUCUCAAGCUACAGUCACUAUUGUCGCGUCUCGAGCUAGAUGCGUGCAGGAAGGCUUUUUGUAUAAAAGAACGAGCUCGCAGAACGUUUUCAAGCUGCCUUGCCGUUGCCCCUCUGGUCAAACCGGCGCCGUCCUUCUGCAGCCAUGGAUUGAGACGUGCCGUGAACCGUUGGAUUCAAGAGCAUGGGCCUUACAAGAGCGUUUACUCUCUCCAAGGGUUCUGGAUUACGGAUCUUUUCAGACAAGAUGGAUUUGCAAGGAAUACUCCGAAUUUCAAACCCCUACGGACAGGUUUAGAGCUAUGUCAACUUACCAAACGAUGCCGACUAUCACUAAGAGCCAGCCGAAAACCGAGGUCCUCGAACAGUGGCAUAGUCUUGUAACCGCAUUCACUCAUCGUGAUCUUACUCUACCUACUGACCGCCUUCCGGCUAUUUCGGGGAUUGCAACACGCUUUUCGAACUUUCUAGGUGAAUAUUACGCAGGUCUUUGGAAAUCAUACUUAUGGCAGGAGCUCUUCUGGUGUUGUGAUCAUCUCCCUGAUCCGGCUCCCAAACCUAAGGUGUCCCAAGCUCCUUCGUGGUCUUGGGCUGCUACAAAUAGCAUGGUUAAUUGGUUGUGGGUAGGUAACUAUAAGACCGACCCCAGUUUCGAGAUCUUGGAUAAUCGAAUCCAUCUCGUGGAAACGAAGCAAAACAUGACUUAUACUGAAGCUAAAUUCGGAGCCGUUAGCUCUGGAACCCUCGUUGUCCGCGGGCAUCUCCAGCCAGCUGCAUGGGUACCAUGGUGGGGUGGGAUUUGUGGGUACAAAUGGUGGGGGGGCGAUCAGUAUUUGCAAGGCGAAUGUCUUCACGCGAUAAUGCAUUACGAUAUUAUGGAAGAAGAAUAUGCGUCGACUGGGGGGGAAAACCAACUUUGGAGAAGGAAGACGGAGGUGCCGGGCAGAUGUCUUUCAACGGAAAUGCAUCCAUAUACUAUUGGAAAAGAAUUUGCGCCGCGUGGAGAGAGAAACCCCAUCCCAGUCUUUCUUUUGAAGGUUGCACAUAUCGAUUCUGACCCAGGGGACAAUCGUGGUUUUGAUCGUCACAUAGGAUUGGUGUUACGUCAGACUGAUAACGGUGAAUAUUCAAGGCUUGGAGUAUUUCAGUUCGAAUUCGGCGGCUUUAAAAUCCAAUACCCCUCUAGAGAUGGGUAUAUAGAACAGCUGCGCUGGCUCGAGGAAAACGAGCCUCAGAUUAUAACUAUAAUUUAG